GUCCUCUAGGUGCUCCCUGCUGCAGGAUGAAAUAGGAAAGCAAGGCUUCUGCCUCUGAACCAUGGAGACAAGGGCAUCUUUCAUCGCCAGCAUGCAAGAGACCCAGCACCUCUCCCCAGAGAAGGGUCAGAGCCCAGCCAAUGGCAAUGGGGAGCAAUUUGAUUCAGAUGAGGGCUCCAGCGUUGAGGACACGGACUUCAACUGGGAUGAGUUCCUGGAGGAAACAGGAGCCAGCGCUGCUCCCCACACCUCUUUCAAACACGUUGAAAUCAGCCUUCAAAGCAGUUUCCAACCAGGAAUGAAGUUAGAAGUGGCCAACAAGAGCAAUCCAGACACAUACUGGGUGGCUACAAUCAUUACAACGUGUGGACAGCUCUUGCUGCUUCGUUACUGUGGCUACGGAGAUGAUCGCAGGGCAGAUUUCUGGUGUGAUGUGAUGACAGCAGAGCUUCACCCUGUUGGAUGGUGUACACAGAAUAACAAGGUCCUGAUGCCUCCAGAUGCCAUCAAAGAGAAGUACAUGGACUGGACAGAGUUUCUGAUCCAUGAUUUGACCGGCGCCCGGACUGCACCUGCAAAUUUACUGGAAGGCCCUCUGCGAGGAAAAAACCCUGUAGACCUCAUUACAGUUGAUUCCUUAAUAGAGCUGCAGGAUUCCCAGAAUCCCUUUCAGUACUGGAUAGUUAGUGUGGUUGAAAAUGUUGGAGGAAGAUUACGCCUUCGCUAUGUGGGAUUGGAGGAGACUGAAUCCUAUGACCAGUGGUUGUUUUACUUGGAUUGCAGACUUCGACCAGUCGGUUGGUGUCAAGAGAAUAAAUACAGAAUGGACCCACCUGCAGAUAUCUAUUCUCUGAAGACUAUAUCUGAGUGGAAAUGUGCUCUGGAAAAAUCCCUUAACGAUGCAGCAAAUUUUCCUCUUCCGAUGGAAGUGUUCAAGGACCAUGCUGAUUUGAGAAACCACUUCUUCACUGUAGGGAUGAAGCUGGAAGCAGUCAAUAUGAAGGAGCCAUUUCAUAUUUGUCCUGCAUCAGUGACCAAGGUUUUUAACAAUCAUUAUUUACAAGUGACCAUUGAUGACUUGAGACCUGAAGCCAGCAAAAUCUCAAUGCUUUGCCAUGCUGAUUCCUUAGGGAUCUUGCCAAUACAGUGGUGCCUUAAAAAUGGAGUCAAUCUCACACCUCCCAAGGGUUACUCUGGCCAGGACUUUGACUGGGCAGACUAUCAGAAGCAGUGUGGAGCAGAGGCAGCCCCUCACCCCUGCUUCAGAAAUACAUCCUUCAGCCGUGGCUUUACCAAGAACAUGAAGCUGGAGGCAGUGAACCCCAGGAACCCUGCAGAGAUUUGUGUCGCCUCCAUCACCUCAGUUAAAGGAAGGUUAAUGUGGCUUCACCUUGAAGGUUUACAGAUGCCCUCUCCAGAGUACAUAGUUGAUGUAGAGUCUAUGGACAUUUUCCCUGUUGGCUGGUGUGAAGCGAAUGCAUAUAACCUGACUCCACCACACAAAGGUGUUUUGCGAAGGAAGAGAAGGAUUGCAGUUGUGCAACCAGAAAAGCAGUUACCAUCCACAGUGCCUGUUGAGAAAAUACCUCAUGACCUCUGCCCAGUUCCUCAGCCAGACACGACAGGCACCAUCAAUGGGAGAUACUGCUGCCCCCAGCUCUACAUCAACCACCGCUGCUUCUCAGGUCCAUAUUUAAACAAAGGCAGAAUAGCAGAGCUACCUCAGUCUGUUGGGCCUGGCAAGUGUGUGCUGGUCCUCAAAGAGGUUCUCAGCAUGGUGAUCAAUGCAGCUUACAAGCCAGGGAGUGUUUUACGAGAACUGCAGCUAGUGGAAGACCCUCAGUGGAAUUUCCAAGAGGAAACACUUAAAGCAAAGUACAGGGGGAAGACGUACAGGGCCACGGUUAAGAUCGUGCGAACGUCGGAUCAGGUAGCAGAUUUCUGCAGAAGAGUCUGUGCAAAGUUGGAGUGCUGCCCCAAUUUGUUCAGUCCUGUUCUAGUGGCCGAAGUCUGCCCAGAGAACUGCUCCAUUCAUACUAAAACCAAGUACACUUAUUAUUAUGGGAAGAGGAAAAAAAUCAUUAAGCCACCAAUUGGGGAAAAUAAGAACAUGAAAAGUGGACAUGUCAAGCCAACCAGACGCAGGAAAAGGAGGAAAUCCAUAUUUGUGCAGAAGAAAAGGAGGUCGUCAGCUGUCGAUUUGAAUGCUGGAGGCUCUGCAGAGAGCGAAGACGAGGAGCCGGAUGCCAUGGAGGAUGAGACGGGAAGUGAGGAAACCAGCUCAGAGCUCCGGGAUGAUCAGACAGACACCUCCUCUGCUGAAGUCCCCUCUGCCAGGCCCCGCAGAGCUGUCACCCUCCGGAGCAGCACGGAGUUGGACAGAGCUGCUCCCACCGAGAGAGCCCGACGGAGCCGGAGGCCGCAGCCACACUCCUACGGUGAGAUGGAGAAGUGCACGCAAGUCAAGGAGGAAAUUAAGCAAGAAGAGGAAGAGAAGCUCAUCCUGGACAGUAAUCCAUUGGAGUGGACUGUGACUGAUGUCGUGAGGUUUAUUAAACUGACCGACUGUGCACCCCUUGCCAAAAUAUUUCAGGAGCAGGACAUUGAUGGCCAAGCCCUUCUGUUGCUGACACUGCCCACAGUGCAGGAAUGCAUGGAGCUGAAGCUUGGUCCAGCCAUCAAACUCUGCCACCAGAUCGAGAGAGUAAAAGUUGCUUUCUAUGCACAAUAUGCCAACUGA